AGAGACAGGCAUCUUAUUAUGUUUUCUCUCACUUUCAAAUAAUUUUAGCUUCCACAUUUCUUCUUAUUCUCUCUCUCCUUUCCCUUCUUAUUCCUCCUCCUCCCCCUCCGCUGGUUCUGGCUGAGUGGCGGUCGGCGGCCGUUCAAAAAUGAACAAGAGAACCAUUAAAAACGGUGUAAUAAUGAUGGAGAGAGGGGACCCACGCGGCGGCGACUCCGUCCCUGCUGCGGCGGCGGCGGCGGCCUUGUUCUCAUCCACCGAUCAUCUCUCUUCACAGUUCCCUAAGCAAACCAAAGUUUUUAUGCCAUCAUCGUCUCAAAACCCUCCCUACAGGGGGAUCAAGAAGAUGGCAAACAAGGUCUCCAACUUCUCCCAUCUCAUACAGAGGUUCACCUCCUCCUGCCUCCUCCAACCAUUCCAAGUUGACCAGCUCUCUCUCGGCCGCGACGGAGUUGACUCCGACGAUGACCUGGACGAUGACGGCGACGAAUACGACGACCAAGAAGAUCAAGACCGGAAUCUCUGCUGGGAGAACGGCGGCGGCAGGGAGUCGUCGAGAACAGAGAGGGUGAUCGAGAUGGAGAUGAUCAUGGGGGAGGUCUUCGACGCCGUCCUGGCGAUGAAGAGCGCCUACGUUAGCCUCCAGGAGGCGCACUGCCCUUGGGAUGCCGACAAGAUGAGCGUCGCCAACGUGGCCGUGGUGUCGGAGCUCCGGCGGCUGGCGAACCUCAGGGAUAGGUUUUGGCGGGUCGCCGGCGGCGGAAAGGGCCGCUGCAGAGUCGGGGCGGCGACGCUGAGGGAGGUGGUCGCUCCGUACGAGACGGCGGUGGACGAACUGAGGGGAAAGCUGAAGGCUAAAGAUGCAGAGCUUGGAAUUCUGAAGGAGAAGCUCAAAACGACGGCGUCUCAUGCCAGCUGCGGAAGGAAAGUUACUAGCAAGUCCAAACGGAAAGUCAGCUGCACCACUCAAACGCAAGUUACGAUGUCGCCGGCGCCGGAUCUUUUCGAGAGCACGAUGAGCUUGGUCAAACAAGCGUCGAAAUCCUUCACGGGUUCGCUUCUCUCCCUGAUGAGGUCGGCGAACUGGGACAUCACGGCGGCGGUGAGAUCCAUCGAAGCGGCGUACUCCGCCGCGGUGCCGACCGCCGUCACGGCGGUGGACUCGAUAGUCGGGACAAAUCACGCGAAGUACGCCCUGGAAUCGUACGUGAACCGGAAGAUGUUCCAGUUCUUCGACAAUGAGACGUUCAACAUGGACGGCGGCGGCGGCGGCCGGUUCAGCACCGUCUUCCACCCGGACCAGCACCGCCGGGACUGUUUCUCGCAGUACCGGGACAUGAGCGGUCUGAACCCGGUCGACCUUUUGGGAGUCCUCCCGACCUGCAAUUUCGGGAAUUUCUGCUUCAAAAAGUACUUAUCACUAGUGCACCCAAAGAUGGAGGAGUCGUUGUUCGGAGACUUGGAGCAGCGGCGGGAGGUUCUCGCCGGAAAGCACCCGAGGAGUCAAUUCUACGGCGAGUUUGUGGGGCUGGCCAAGGCGGUUUGGCUGCUGCACUUGCUGGCGUUUUCACUCGAACCGCCGCCGAGUCACUUCGAGGCGAACCGGGGAUCCAAGUACCACGCGCAGUACAUGGAGAGCGUGGUCAAGUGCUCAAGUGGGCUCGGAGGGAGACUUGGAAUGGGCCUCGUUGUUGGGUUUCCGGUUAGCCCGGGGUUUAAGCUUGCUAAUGGGUCUGUUGUUAAGACCCGAGUUUAUCUUCUUCCCAAUUAUGAGCUUUAAGUUUGUGGGCUUAUUUCUUGCAGUGUUUCAUCAUAUGUUAAUAAACCAAUAAAUGUGUUUCUAUAUUUCAAAAAAAAUUAUAAAUAAAUGUGGUUUGCAAAAUGAAAUGCAUGUUGUAAUUACAUUAAUAUGUAAUAUUCUCUCUAUUUUUUAAUUUCUUUUUGGUUUGAUUUGGGAUGAUUUUUAAUAAAGUACUUUGUAUAAU